AUGGAAGGUGUAAAACCGGUUCAGACCCCUAUGGCUACAAAUACCAGUCUUUUAACUGGUCAAGGAAAAACAUUAGAAGAUGCAACUUUAUACAGGAGUACAGUAGGUGCUCUGCAGUAUGCCACAUUGACCCAGUCAGACAUUUCUUUUGCAUUAAACAAUGUCUGUCAAUUCUUGAAGGAGCCCACAGAAGAACAUUGGAGUGCUGUGAAACUGAUCCUACGCUACCUAAAGGAGACAGUUACACAUGGAUUACUUAUCAAUAAGAACUCCUCCAAUGAAAUCCAUGCUUACAAUGACGCAAACUGGGCUGGUUGCCCCAAUGAUAGACGGUCUACAGGUGAUUACACAAUUUAUAUGGGUCAAAAUCUAAUUUCUUGGUCCGUUAGAAAACAACACACCAUUGCCCGGUCUUCAACAGAGUCCGAGUAUAGGGGCGUUGGCAAAUGCAACGGCAGAGGUACAGAGAGGAAGAUGUGUGGAUCGAAAAUCCAGAAUUGA